AUGGCUCUUAUCUCUAAGCCUAUCUUUUCCAAGUCCGAGCUAGAUCUUCUCUCCAAGGCUCUCCUUAUUUGUUGGCAAAUAUGGGAGGCUAGGAAUAAUAUGUUAUUUCAAGACUUGAAGCCCAUAUUUGCCGGCUGCAUCCAUGCUGCGGCAUCCGUUGGUUUGGACUACUGGAAGCUGAAUUUGUUACCCAGGAAAGAUAAAGAUUUCUCUAUGAUGAUUAAAUGGCAUCCCCCUCAUACUGGCUGGAUUGAAGUUAACUUUGAUGGGUCCCAUAUGAACUCUCAAGCUUCCACAGGAUUUGUCAUCCUGGAUUGCAAUGGUCAUGUCUUGUUAGCUAGUGCCAAUAAUCUUGGAGAGAACUCCAUAAAUGUUUCUGAAAGUGUUGCGCUUCGAGAUGGUCUUGUUGCUGCUAUUGAUCGUGGUUGGGAUCAAAUUAUUAUAGAAGGUGACUCUAAACUCGUCAUUGAUAGCAUUCUCAAAAAAGUUACCCCUCCUUGGAGUAUCUACCAGAUUAUUCAGGACAUUCGGUCCCUUUCUUCUUCUGUCAGCCAUGUUUGCUUUCAGCAUGUUUUUAGGGAGGCUAACUUCACAGCCGAUGAGGUAGCCAAGUUGGGACACAAGCUUUCCUCUCUAAUUGUUUGGGGGCUUGGUUUGCCAUUAUUAGUCUGCUCCGCCUUUUAUUUCGACCUCUUUGGGUAUUCCUGCCCAAGAGGCUUUGUUUUGUAA